AUGGCCAUCUUUUGCUUUACCUUCCUUCAUUGCUUGCUUUUCAAGAAACACCACCACCGUUUGCUUAGAAACUGGCCGGUUCUGGGGAUGCUUCCAGGUCUCCUCGUGGAGCUUUACCGUAUCUACGACUUCACCGUGGAGGUUCUUGAAAGCACCAACUUAACAUUCCCAUUCAAAGGACCGUGGUUUUCUGGCAUGGAUAUGUUGCUCACGGUAGAUCCAGCUAACAUUCACUACAUGUUAAGCUCAAACUUCCACAACUACACCAAGGGUACCGACUUCAAAGAAGUCUUCGAUGCUUUCAGAGAUUCGAUACUGACAACGGAGUCAGAAGCAUGGAAGAAUCUGAGGAAAGCUUCUCAGGUCAUGAUGUAUCAUCAUGGGUUUCAAAAGUUGUCGGUGAGUACUACUAUAAGUAAACUCAAGGACGGGCUUGUUCCUCUUCUUAACCGUUUUGCUGAGGAAGGCACAACCGUGGACUUGCAAGAUGUGUUGGGGAGGUUCAUGUUUGACACAACCCUAGUUUCAGUAACUGGUUGUGACGAUCCUCUAUCUCUCUCCUUUGAAAUGCCUGAAGUUGAAAGUGCUAAAGCUCUUCACGAUAUAGGAGAAGGGAUUUUGUAUAGACAUCUUAAACCUAGGCUCUUGUGGAAGCUACAAAACUUGUUUGGAGUUGGAACAGAGAAGAAGAUGAUAGAAGCUGGUGCCACUUUUGAUCGUGUGUGUGAGAAAUACAUAUCAGCCAAGAGAGAAGAGAUAGCAAAGGGGAUUAAUCACGAGAGCGAAGAUCUUUUGACAUCUCAUUUGAAGCUUGAUGCAACCAAAUUCGCCAAGAGGUGGACACAUGCAGCGUUGUGUGAAACAAUGAGGCUCUAUCCACCGGUUCCUAUCGAACGUGUGUCUCCCGUUCGAUCAGAUGUGCUUCCAAGUGGGCAUAAAGUGGAAGCAAACUCGAAGAUUAUCAUCUUAAUUUAUGCAUUGGGUAGGAUGAAAGCCGUGUGGGGAGAAGAUGCAUCGGAGUUCAAGCCAGAAAGAUGGAUAACUGAGACCGGAAUGUUGAGACAUGAGCCUUCCUUCAAGUUCUUGGAAGUGGUUGUGGAGAUAUUACAAAACUUUGAGUUUAAGGUUGAUGAAAGGCAGAUAAUUGAACCUGGUCCUCAUUUAAUUCUUAGCAUGAAGCAUGGCUUUAGGGUUUCAGUCAGUAAGAGACCUUGA